UGGGGAUCAGGAAUUAGCGGCUGUGGAGAAAGAAUUCAUGGAUCUCAUGAAGACCGGCAACCUUGCGCCUUUGGUGGACAGGAUACAGAAACCCGGCAUCCUGCCCUCGUCCUUUCCGACUCUCGAAGAAGCUGAGCAUGGCCGUCAGCACCUAGCGAAGCUGAUCUUCGACAAUUACAACCAAUUGAAGGACAUUAUGCAGCACUAUGAGAACUUUAUCACCCAUUCAUGGAACGCAAAGAACAAAAAGUCGCGCGACAAUGUACUCUUGAAAGCUUGGCCAGGAAUGAAUCAGAAGCACAACAUGGCUUUCGAGGAUAUCUUGCAGGAAAAACGCCCGAAUGAACAGAGUUGCAAAUGGCCACACAUCAACCUGGAGGAUUUGAACCAAAAGGGGACCCUUCUGGCCUUUCUGACAAGCCGAGUCCAAGCCAGCCCUUCGGCAUACUACUUCAUGGACAGAGAGGCAUUGAACUUAGGGGAAAGGGCCGGCGUAAUCAGAAUGCCAAUUUUGUCAGAAUAUGGCAUGAUGUUUACAGGAAAAGACUCUGCCCAGGAUUACGGCGAGAUAUUCAAUUUUCACAAUCCGGCAGGAGCAUGGCUGGUUAAGACAAAGCGAGGCUUGUUUGUGCAUCAUGGAUUGAUGACCAUGGAGGCCCAGGCGCGCAUUUAUCAGUUUUUGGUUGACUGUUGCCUUGCGAUUCUGCCCGAUAACCGAAACGAUUGGGAUAAAGCUAAUGCUGCGGCUGAGCUUAAGCUUGCUAAAUCCAUCAAAAAGCCGGGACCCCAAUGGGUAGAGACUAGAAUAGCCGAAAGGAUUGCUCUUGCCCCUUAUUCCCGACCUGGCUAUUUGGACAUCGACCAACUCGUGGACUUGAUCCAAGCAAGAAAGUCCCUUGCUGACUAUGAAGUGCGACUGCUCAGAGAGAGCCCGAAGUACUUUGCGAGCAAGUUAGCAGAAUACGCAGAGCACAGGCCCGAGCAAACUCUCGCGAGCGAGAAACAAGAACCGCAGAGCCUUAAUGAUCUCAAACCUAGCUCCAAGUUGAAGACGCCUGAAUUUUGGGACUCGGUGAUUCGGUCGUUACUGAGGGAUGCCUUUUAUGGAGUUGUAUUCUGGCACGAGAUUUGUGAAUCCCUCGAGGCUCUACAAGCCCUCCUCAGACAGCAUCAGGCGGGCAUCGAUCUCAAAAAGGACCUGCCAAAAGUACUAGAGGAGUCAUUUACCAACUUGUGGCUCAAGCUUGAUCAUUUCAUGGCGAAAGUCACCAGUUACUUGGCGAUCCGUGUGCAAACUUGCCCCAGAAUACGGAAAAAGUUUUUUAAUCCUCCCAAAGACGAAAAGAUUCGACCACGGGAAAACGGUGGGAUUGAGGACCCAAGUUUUGACGACUGCAGGACUCUGCUGCGCCUGUUGGUCUAUCGAGGUAACAUACCGACCCUGCAGCAAAGAAUUACGACCACAGUGAUUGCCGAUGAACUUGAACGACACAUGGAGAACAACCCAAAAGAGGCAAAAAUGAUCUCUGGCUUUAUGAUGCAACGCGUUUCGGACAUGUCUCUUCUCGCAAGUUGCUUCACCCAAAUUUGUAACUUCCAUCCGUGGGCGGCAACUUUUGAGCCCAACGCAAGGGAGAAACAAAAGCAGGACGAAGAUCCUUUGCAAGAAACCAGAGCUCUCAAAAAGAAAUUCAAGAGAUCUUUGGAGGGCGAACCUUUGGACCAGCUUGGGAAGUUCUUCUACGCCAGUGCAUCCUCCACCAUUUGGCCUGGCGGUAACCCCACUCAGAAAUACACCCAACAGAGGCAGGCAUCCGAACGGGAGCUGGACAACUUCUGGCUGAAGGUCGACUCGCUUCUUCAGCCGGUGGUCGACCAAGUGCCGAAUAAUGCCAGAGGACCGUUGCGACCUCCUCCGGCAGGCUCACUUGAGCGCACGCCCGACUGGGUCGAGGAAGAGCCAGCACCAAGUAAAACUAAGCGCGGCUGGGACACGACGGAUUUGGCAAAGGACGUGGAACCAGGUCCUCUAGCGAAGAAACCUAAAACAAAAACGCAUGGCGUCGCUGAUCCAUCGCGAGCAGCACUAGAAGGAGGACCAGGACAGCAGGCAGCUCCGGAACCACUCAAGAUCAAAGUGAACGAGGAAGACUUUGAGGUCUUCACUGUGUUGUUCCACAUACCAGGCCAUGUUCCAAGGAGAGAAUUGUCUUGGGUAAGAUUUAAACAGGCAAUGGGCAGAUUGAACUUCGAAAUUCACAAAGACGGGGGCUCGGCCUGGCAUUUCACACCACCAGCGAAUUUGGGGACUCGUUCAAUCAGUUUUCACGCUCCACACCCGGACAAUACUCAUCCCCUAGCGAUUUGGAGGAGGAUAGGUUGGAGAUUGGGUAACAAAUAUGGCUGGGAUGGAUCUACAUUCGAGCUGGAGGGCUAA